GGAGAAUUGAUUAAGUCUUGCCCAGUUUAAGACUUGACCCUGAACAGACAGCCAUCUCCACCAUGAAGCUGACAGUUGUCUUCACGCUUGUCACCCUGGCGGUUUGCUGCUACUCAGCUUCUGCUCUUCUGGUUGACAAUCUUCUGCCAAACCCAGUGACAAACGUAGUUUCCGUUCCUGUUGGCGUCCUCACUGAUCUGAUUGGAGGGGUACAGGGCUGUGUGAACGAGCUCACCCCCAAAGCGCUGUCUGCCCUUAAUAGGGUGCUGGGUAUUCUGGGUAUACUGAAUGUCCUGGGGUAAGGAUUCCUGCAGAGCCCGGCGCGGAUCUCAGAUGGAUGAAUACCGGACGCUCCCCUCUUCUUCCUCUCUGAUUUGAGCUUUCCUCCUAUCUCUGCAUGCAGCCAAGCUCCCUGUGCUCUCACCUCCCUGGGAGGGCUCAGCAUCGCUCCAAUCAUUGGUUUCAAUAAACUACCUG